AUGUCAGCUAUACCGUCGCCGCAACCGCCGGCCAUCAAAACUGAAAUCGACGAGGUCUGCCCGAGAACCACCGUAUCGGAAGACGAAAAGUCCGCCGGUCAGCUGUGUUCCAACUGUGGCACCACCAAGACCCCUUUAUGGAGAAGAGCUCCAAAUGGCACACUCAUAUGUAACGCUUGUGGCCUUUAUCUACGUUCCAAUAAGCAUCAUCGCCCGGUGAAUCUCAAAAGACCACCCAAUACUGUUACCGUCAAGGAAACCGAAGGGUCCUGUAAAGGUGAUGGUUCUUGUAACGGAACAGGUGGCUCUGCCGUGUGCAAGGGCUGCCCAGCUUACAAUAAUAGAGUGGUUCUUCGCCAGAACGAAGAACGCAAGGCAAAAGAAGAGGAGAAAGAACUCGCCGCCAAGAGCAAACUGUCCGAGGAAGAGGACUCCUUGGCUGUUGCCUGCUUCAACUGUUCUUCAACCAUCACUCCCCUCUGGAGAAGAGACGAUGCCGGAAACACUAUUUGCAACGCCUGCGGGCUCUACUACCGUUUGCACGGUUCUCAUAGACCUAUAAAAAUGAAGCGCAGCACCAUCAAGCGCAGAAAACGUAACUUUGAGGGUAAUACCCCUAAAGUUGAUAAAAAGGCUGCCAAGACUGAGUCGAAAGAUCACUCUUCACCGCUACCGAUCCCACUGCCUCCAGCUGCUCAAGGCACCAAUACCACCGUUACACCCUCGCAUACUCCAGUAGCGUCAAACGGUACCAAUACUCCUGUCCAUCCGUUCGUGCCCUCCUACUACCUCCCUUACUCUGGUCAGGGCAGAAUUCCGAACGGACCAGGACCUAUGCCUGGGCCUCCGCCUCCACAAGUCGUCUACCACUCGGCUCAGGCGAUGCCCAUGUACUACCCAGCAUUUCCAGGUGGUGCCUCCCAUAUGGUUCAGGCUCCACCUUCUCAGCAUCUCCCCCAGCAAUCGCAUGUUUCGCUUCCUCAAGCGGGACCCCCUGCCCAAGGACCUCCACCUAUUUCGGCUCCUGCUCCUGUUCCUCCAGCCCCAGCUUCUGUAGCGUACCCUUCGGGCACUCUGCAGCCGUUAUCUCCGAAUCACCACCAAGGCCAAGCAGGUUACUUGCAAGGGCAAUCGCAGCCUUCAAUUCCACCUGUUUCUCGGCAUCUAUACAAUGGUCUGGUUCCACUUCCUGGGGCAUCGCUUCCAUCUGCUUAUGCAUCAUUCGAUGGUCAGCGUGAGAAUAUCACUUUACCCUCCAUACAGAAUCCACAAAACGUUCCUCGCACACCUCCAGUGCUUGAGAAGCCGUUACCUGUGGAGCCUGUAGUGAAGAAAGAAGUCAAGAAAGAAGCAAAGAAGCCAGCAUUGGCGGUGGACUUCACCAGUGCAUUCCAAGAACCAGCCGAACGCAGUCGCCGCACCAUGUCGAUUGGCGGUCUCUUGAACGAUAAAUAA